AUGUCCAAAGUUAAUAGGGACUCUCAUCCUUGUCGCAAAUAUUAUCCAAAGUUACUACAAGUCAAACAAGCAUCUCCGUGUUCUGAAUAUACCCAAGGCCGACCAAAAGACAGCAAUGCUGAAGACUUAUCAACGCAAUCCGUCUUGCCAUCUCCAAUUUUCAAAUGCGGAUCCCCUCAAGAAAACAUAUCAGCCCAAGUUCUUGAUUUCACUGGUUGCUCUGAACAAGAGCGUUGCUGGCAUGGGAGUGAUACUUCCGAGAUGGAGGCGCAUGGUAUGAAGUCAUACUUCACAUUGAUGUGCCAGCGAAAUGCUGAUUGUUAUGUGCCCACAGAUGAACACAGCGUUAAAGGAGUAGAAUCACCACCGAUAUCCUCUCUAAAACUGUUCGAUGCCCCGAUCACCCUCGAUACCGGAUUCAGAUUCAUGGAUUUUGAGCUUUUCGAUCCUCAAUUCGAAGAUUGUGAGAAUUAUCAUGACAUGUGUUGUGGUCCAUCCAUAUCAAGUGGCAGCUCGAAGGCUGGUCUUGACGACUACAAGGGAUUUGAUACAUUUGACACACCGAGGAGUUCUCAACUGAGCUCGUUCCAAGAAAGCUUUUACCUUCCUCCCCCCAAUUAUGUUACAAGCUCUUGGAGCAUGAUCAACGAAUCCACCGUUUCACUUCCCACAAUAUAA